ACAUUAUUUUACCUGAUCGUAAGUUCGUAAGAUACGUUAUUGUGUUGUCCCGGCGCAAAGACUCAUUCCUAACGUUUCGUGUUCAAAGGAGACGAUUUUUUGAAAUUUAUGGUGAUGAAGUGAUGCACCGACGGGAAACAGCGAACAACUUGAACUUUAAGAUUUAAAGUUUAAUGCUUCUAAAAGUGAUUUCUAAUGAGAAAAAAGUGCUAAUAACAGUGAACAACCAACGUAUAAGAAAAAAAUAUAGACCUUUGGAGAAUUAUGAGUUCAUAGAGUGAUAAUAGCAAUAGUGUAGACUUGGUAUUCUAAUCUAUUUAUUUCCUUUACAUAAACUUUAUAUUCAAUGUUUAUUUGGUGCAUAUGUUCGGAAAACUGAAUCAGUGUGACGGUGUAUUAUUUGAAUCAGGCAAAAUGUUUACUCGAUUUGACACCAAUAAAUCAACCAAAGGCGCAUCCAAGCUGCGACGCGAUCUAAUUAACACGGAGAUAGCAAAUUUACGUGAUUUAUUACCGUUGCCGCAAUCGACAAGACAACGUCUGUCACAACUACAACUGAUGGCACUGGUCUGUGUCUACGUGCGAAAAGCCAAUUACUUCCAACAAGUGUUCAAACGCUACGAACUCACAAUGCACCAUGUGCCAACGCCAAAUAUAGGAUUCUCCAAAGCAAUGUCUGGAUUUUUAAUGAUGCUAACGCAAAAUGGAAAACUACUCUAUAUCUCAGACAAUGCAGCCGAAUAUUUGGGACAUUCGAUGGAGGAUCUGUUGAUUCAUGGUGAUUCAGUGUAUGAUAUUAUUGAUAAACAAGAUCACGGGUCAAUUCAAGCCGAACUAAGUCGCAGUGUACCGCAACAGACAACCAGUUCAGGAUCUCAUCACCAUCAUCAUAAUCAUCACCAUCAUCACAAUUCAUCAUUAAAUGCCACCGGUUUGGAUGGAGAACACAGAAUGUUUCUGUGUAGAAUGAAUGUUAGCCGAAAUGCCCGGCGUCAAAUGCGUUUUGGCGAUCAAAAGGUGGUUUUAAUUCAAGGACAUUACCUGUCAUAUUUACCGCUUUGCAGUCGAAACGAACCAGUAUUUCUAGCAACAUGUACACCAAUUGCAAUGCCCGAAACACGUGAAUGCAUCGUACAGGGUGCAACUAAUGUAUUUACUACAAUUCAUUCAAUGGACAUGAAAAUUAUGCACAUGGAUAAAAAUGGUGAAUUUCACAUGGGCUAUACGAGAAAUGAGCUGCAAGGCGUUUCUUGGUAUCACCUAUUACACUGGGAGAGUAUGCGAGAAGCACAAAAUAAACAUCGGUUAAUCACACAAUCGGAACAAGAUCGAUCAUGUAUUCUUUUGGUCCAAAUGCAACGUCGUUCGGGUUCAUUUGUCUGGUUACAUGUUGUAUUGCAAGUUCGCGAUAGUCAAGAUAAUAGUCAACAGCCGGUUAUUGUCUGCACAAAUCAAGUUCUAAGCGAUCGUGAAGCAACGGUGAUGUAUGCAAACUCGUGGCUUUAUCAUUAUUAUACGGUUCAAUCGAAAAUUCAAUUUGGAAUUCCAUACGAAGGACCGGCGAGAGUGCAAGCAAACAACGAUUCGUAUUUACAACAGCAGCAGCAACAACAACAACAACCGCAACAUGACGAACAAAAUGAGCUAGAAAAUCAUGCACACCACCAUCUUCAUCACCAUCAUCAUCACAGUUUCCAUCAUUAUUCGCCGAAUUCAUUGCAAACACCGUUAACGCAUUCCUAUUUGACGCAUUCACAUCAUAUGUCAUCGUACGGUUAUCAUUCGCCAGUUGCACAGCAUCAAAGUUCACCGGGUCUCGUAAAUCACUAUGGAAAUAGUACACCUCACAUAAGUUAUCAUGGUUCGAAUGAAGGCUAUCGCCCGUACGCUUAUCGCAUUGAUCCAAAUCUGCCAGUUGAUUACAGUGGACAAGUAAGCCCGAUGACAAAUCAAAAUACCAGUCCAAGCAAUGGUAGAGAAAAAUCGACAAAUCAAUCGAAUUCCGAUUUAGGAUCACCACCAGCCAAACGAAGAGCAGUAAAUAGACUUGAGCCAUUGUAUAUACCAGAACAAGAUACAUCAUCUGAUGAAACCGUACACUCUGAACUCUAUCAGACAACGACAGGUGAUGGUGGUACUGUUUUGCUUACAACCGUUCAUCCGGGUCGAUAUUCACACACGCAUAUUAAAUCGAUUUCGAAUGAAGCCACUGAUUUAAUUGAUCAGUGGAAUCCAUCACCACCUUGGUCGGAAACUACACAAAAGGUUCCCGACAUAGCACAACAGGAAUUAUGUUAUUUAUCUCGAACUCCACCAACACCAACAAGUGUACCAUUGACAUCAGUAAAUGGAGUUGCCUUUUCAUUUGACUGGAUGCCAGAGCAAUUCGUUCCGAUUGUCGAUCCAACGCACAACAACAAUAAUAAUCACACCGUUCCAAAUGGUUUAUUACACGCACAUUCAGUGAUAAAUGGCUUACCAAUCGCUUCAGCCCCCCUAUCAACGUCACCGAAUGAACAUAAAUGUUAUAACCUGGAUCGAUCUCCCGAUAAUAAUAUAUCCAGUGAAAUUCAAGAAGACCGUCAAUCUCGCUAGAGAGCAUGUUUGCAUUUUAAAUUUCACUUUUUCUUCUUCCAAAUCGAAUCAUUUUCUAUUAAGAGUUUUCGUGCAAUGUUCAUUACGCACCGUCGUGAACAAAAUUUUACAUUUUUUUACUAGUUGACACAUAAGGCUAAGACAUCAGAUCUAUUUAAAUUAGAAAAUUGUAAUCGAAAAUUAAGUUUUCUUUCUCUAAAAUAAGAAAUACAAUUUCACAUUUGAAAAGUAUUUCAGUAUUUCAAGGUCAUGAAAUGAUAAUUUGCGCAUACUUCUAGUUGAAAAUAAAAGAAACUUCCUAUUUAUUUAUUGUAUAGUAGCUUCAAUUUAGAUUUUGUAUUUCAUUUUGUGAAAUGUUUAGUGUAUAAUUUUGAUUAAACAAAUAAAAAUUGUACAUUUUUAUAAACAUUGAACCGAGUGGAACGAGGCUUUGAAAAUCUUAGUUUCAUACUUUUUUUACAAACGGGAAUGUCCCACGAUGAAAAUGAAAAGCAUCACUAUAUCUAGUUUUUAAUGAACUUCCUAAAUAAAUAUAGAUAAAAAUUAGGUUAUUUGUAUUUUCUAUUUAUCAAUUCA